AUGCUCAGCGGCAAACUGCCGUAUGCUGUCAAGGCUUACCAUGACCAGUAUGGGUCUGUCGUCCGCGUCGCACCAGACGAGCUUUCGUUUAAUGACUCUGCUGCUUGGCGGGACAUCUAUCUCAAGCAGACCCUUGAUCGGCCUCCCCAGUGGGGUGCCAAACCGCCGGGAAUUGAGGCGGAAAAUUUCAUCAGUGCUCCGGCCGCGGUUCACUCGCGCCUGCGACGAGCCUUCAACCCAGCCUUCUCUGAGAAGGCCGUCCGUGGAUACGAGCCAACGGUCACGCAGUUUGUCGACAGGCUGAUAACCCGACUGAGAUCAUUUGCCGCAGAGAACGAAAGUGGCGAGACAACAGUCGACGUGAUCAAAUGGCUCAACUUUGCCUUUUUCGAUAUCAUCAUGGAGCUCGGCUGGGGCAGCAACUUUAACUGCCUCGAGCGCGCCCAGUACAAUCUCUGGCUCGCCUUUGUCAUGUCGCUAAAGGAGAAGCUGAUCGCUACCGCCAUCGCCUACUACCCCUCCAUCAACGUUCUCAUGCCAUAUCUGAUGCCGCCCGCCGCCAAGAAGCAGAUCGAUGAGGUCUUUGGCGUCUGCAGCGAAAGGGUCAGGGAUCGUUUGUUAAGGAAAGGAACCAGUCGUCAAGACAUGUUCGAAUCGGUGCUAAACGACCCCGAACACAAGAAUGUUACCAUCGCCGAAAUGGAUCAAGCCUCGAUGGUCAUUAUCGCCGCCGGUAGCGAGACGCUGACGUCCACUCUUGUUGGCACGCUAAAUUACCUGCUGCGCAGCCCAAGCAAAUAUGACAGGCUCGUGCAGGAGGUGCGUUCCUCCUUCGCCAGCGAGGCCGACAUCACAGGCCAAACGACACGCUCUUUGCCAUACUUGAACGCUGUGCUCAAGGAAGGAUUGCGCAUCGCACCACCCAUCCCCGACGGUCUGCGCCGUCAAGUGCCCGCAGACGGUCUCGUUGUUGCUGGUGUGCCUGUUCCAGAGAAGAUGUCCGUAUCCACUGGAUGCUGGAUUCAGUUCAUGAACCCGGAAAACUUUUCCAAUCCCACCGAAUUCGUGCCCGAGCGAUGGCUCGGUGAGGGCACAGAGACCGCAAAAACAGAGGCGUUCCACCCGUUUGGCCUCGGUGCGCGGGGCUGUCUCGGCCAGACGCUGGCGUGGCUCGAGAUGCGGUUGACGCUCGCGAAGCUGCUGUGGAACUUUGACAUCAGCGUGCCGCCAGGGAAGAGCUUGCCCGCAUGGGUCGAACAGGACAUUUUCUGGUUCUGGGACAAGAAGCCGCUGGAACUGUCACUGCGGCCGCGCCAGAAGACCUGA